UAAAUCAACCUUUUUCUUAUUGACAACAGUCAAUGCGAACUGACAAUUCUCAAAAUAGUAGGCAUAGAUUAUACACUUAAAAAAAUUAAAAUGCGAAAUGAAACAAACACAUUUAAAUAUUAAAAUUUGCAAUGGGCGAUCAGAAUAAACCAAAACCCAAAACAAUACCUAAAUGGCUGAACUUUGUCAUCGGAGGCACAAGCGGAAUGAUGUCGACCUGCUUCGUCCAACCGGCGGAUUUGGUGAAAACACGGAUGCAACUGAUGGGCCCGGCGGGGAAGAAGGUAUCCACGUUAGCAGUGGCCCGCGAGGUCGCUCGGAAGGAAGGGGUGCGUGGCUUCUACAGAGGGCUCACGGCCGCGCUGUUCCGACAAGCCACUUACACCACGGGCAGAAUGGGCUGCUUCAACUCUUUGUUGGAGUACUACAAGAGUACCUAUGGUGGAACUCCGAAUUUUGCAACUAAAAUCUGCUUGGGCAUGGUAGCUGGUGGCGUGGGCGCGUUCGCCGGCACUCCGGCUGAAGUGGCCCUCGUACGGAUGACGGCCGACGGACGUCUGCCCAAAGAACAGAGGAGGAAUUAUACGAACGUUUUCAAUGCCCUUGGAAGGAUCACAAGAGAAGAAGGUAUUACAGCGUUAUGGCGCGGCGCUGGGGCCACUAUAACCAGAGCUAUGGUGGUGAAUGCGGCUCAGCUCGGGACAUAUGCACAAGCUCGAGAAGCUCUGCUUCCGUCAAUGGGAGAAGGCAUAUUCUUACAUUUCUGUGCUUCAAUGAUCUCCGGCCUGGUGACAAGUGCUGCUUCCUUGCCUGUUGAUAUCGUCAAAACAAGAGUGCAGAACGCGGCAAAAGGCACAGGUCAAGUGACAGUGCUCCUGAGCAUUAUCAAGAACGAGGGUGUGUUCGCUUUGUGGAGAGGUUUCUUGCCGACAUACGCCAAGAUUGGACCACACACUGUCUUAACAUUUAUAUUCAUGGAACAACUCAACUCUUUGUAUUUCAAAAUGGCUUGAUUUCGUUUUAAUCAUAGUGAGUGCAAAUCGAUUUUCCAGCGACCGUGAUUCACUAGUGUGAUAAUAAUUUCCAGCUUAAUUGUAAAGCGAAUCAGUUAUGAACUGUGUACUUAAUGGUAGGUAGCGGCUUGGCUCUGUCCCUGGCAUUGCUGGCGUCCAUGAGCGACGGUAACCAGUAAUAAAUACCAUCAGGUGGCCGUGUGCUCGUCUGCCUACAAAGGCAAUAAAAAAUAAUUGUGCUUACGGUCUCCAAUCCAAUGUAUUCUACUUUAUAGUAUACAUUCUUCUCAUUGUCCUUAUCACACUUCACGUGAAGUCGACACAGGAUGUCCUUCUUUCCCAUUCAGGAUCAUGAUACGUCAUCUCUGCACUCGCCCACCCUUCGCUGGCAUAUCUUCUAUCACACGGCCGAUCCAAGUCUUUCUAAGACACCCCCUCCUCUAAUUUACAUGACCAUGUAAUGUACAUUGACGCUGACAAAGGCGGCAAGCGCAUGUCCCUCUGAUGACGUAGAUAAAGCUGUUUUUUUUUAUUGCCCUUGCAGGCAGACCAGCGUACGGCCCACCUGAUGGUGAGUGGUUACCGUCGCCCAUUGACUUCAGCAAUGCCAGGGGCGGGGCCAAGCCGCUGCUUACCGCUUAAUACUCUCCACAAGCCUCGUUUGAAGAAAGACAUGUCAUAGCGCUCGGGAAACACUGUGGAGGGGCUCAUUCCAAAGCCCUAAGACUGGUAACUGAGACUGGACUGGUAACUAAGAAAAUGUAUUUGGAAAAAUAGUACAUGAUUACAAAAUAGUACAUGUGUGACGCGUCGUUUGUUCGCCGUCCGUAUUACUUUUGUGUGUUAGUUUUGUGAAAGGCGUCGUCAUAUUAUUGUGAAAGGCGUCGUCAUAUUAUUCAUCAUACGUCAAACAUAUCGUGUCUUUAGAUCAACUACAUAAUAUAUUAAUUACGGAAAUUGUUUUUUUUUUAAACCAUAAUUUAUUUUUACGAUAAAAAGAUCGAACACGACUUUUUUACGACUUUUGAAAUGUUUUUACAUUUAUAUUCACCCACGUGAUUUAUUUGAUUGUUAACUUUUUUUUUAAAUAUUGAAAAAUCAGUCCUUACUUUUAACAAAUGAUUUGUUACGAUAAUGUUUUGUAUAAAUAAAACUAUUUUUUUUAUA